CUGUAUUUUGCUAGAGUUGAUGACGUAUGUACGAUUGCAAACCUGAUAGCUGCUGGGAACUGUACGUGGAAGUUUAACUAUUUACAGGAUUGUUCGAGCCCCUGCUUCGUCGUCCCGUAUCAAGAGGAGGCUGUGAGGCCAAUCAGGGGGUAUCCCCCUCCACACCAAAGCCUACGAGGCAGUUUCGUUGUGUCUUGCUCCAGCCCGAAUCGCAAAGAUGGUGUUAGCCGACUUGGGUCGAAAAAUUACCUCGGCGCUGAGGUCUCUCAGCAAUGCCACCAUCAUCAACGAGGAGGUUCUAAAUGCCAUGCUAAAGGAAGUAUGUGCAGCCCUACUAGAGGCGGACGUAAACAUCAAGUUGGUGAAGCAACUCAGAGAAAAUGUCAAAGCUGCUAUUGACCUUGAGGAAAUGGCCUCUGGUUUGAACAAGAGGAGAAUGAUCCAGCACUCCGUCUUCAAGGAGCUCGUCAAGCUUGUGGAUCCUGGAGUCAAGGCCUGGACACCAACAAAGGGAAAAAACAACGUCAUCAUGUUUGUAGGUCUCCAGGGCAGUGGGAAAACUACAACAUGUUCCAAGCUGGCAUACUACUACCAAAGAAAAGGAUGGAAAACGUGUUUGAUCUGUGCUGACACUUUCAGAGCAGGUGCCUUUGACCAGUUGAAGCAGAAUGCCACAAAAGCAAGAAUCCCCUUCUAUGGAAGCUACACCGAGAUGGACCCUGUCGUCAUAGCUUACGAGGGUGUUGAGAAGUUCAAGUCAGAGAAUUUUGAAAUCAUCAUUGUAGACACAAGUGGACGACAUAAACAGGAAGAUUCCCUUUUUGAGGAGAUGUUGCAGGUGUCCAAUGCAGUGCAACCAGACAACAUUGUGUACGUGAUGGAUGCCUCCAUCGGUCAAGCCUGCGAGUCCCAGGCCAAGGCUUUCAAGGAUAAAGUGGACGUGGCGUCUGUGAUUGUGACAAAGCUGGACGGUCACGCCAAAGGAGGUGGUGCGCUCAGUGCUGUGGCGGCUACCAAGAGUCCCAUCAUCUUCAUUGGUACCGGAGAACACAUUGACGACUUUGAACCUUUUAAAACACAACCUUUUAUCAGUAAACUUUUGGGCAUGGGUGAUAUUGAGGGUUUGAUAGACAAAGUGAACGAGUUGAAGCUGGAUGACAAUGAAGAGCUCAUUGACAAGCUUAAACACGGUCAGUUCACCCUUAGAGACAUGUAUGAACAGUUCCAGAACAUCAUGAAGAUGGGUCCCUUUGGACAGAUCAUGGGCAUGAUCCCAGGAUUUGGAACGGAUUUCAUGAGCAAAGGAAAUGAACAGGAGUCCAUGGCAAGGUUAAAGAAGCUGAUGACCAUUAUGGACAGCAUGAAUGAUCAAGAGCUGGACAACAAGGACGGUGCCAAGCUCUUCAGUAAACAGCCCAACAGGAUCGCGAGAGUUGCCCGCGGCGCCGGAGUGGCCACCAGGGACGUCCAGGAGCUGCUCACCCAAUACACCAAGUUCGCCCAGAUGGUGAAGAAGAUGGGUGGCAUCAAAGGCCUCUUCAAAGGUGGCGACAUGUCCAAGAAUGUCAACCCAUCACAGAUGGCGAAGUUGAACCAGCAGAUGGCAAAGAUGAUGGAUCCCAGAGUUCUACACCAUAUGGGUGGCAUGGCUGGACUACAGUCUAUGAUGCGGCAAUUCCAGCAGGGUGCAGCAGGCAACAUGAAAGGAAUGAUGGGAUUCAACAACAUGUGAACCUCAGAGCCUUAAAUUAAUACAUACAGAUGGAUAAGUAAGAUAUUUCUACUUCAGAGUGGAAAUUGGAGGGCAUGACGAGCAGAAGUAUCUUUUAUUUCUUGUUUUCUGUUCUUUUAUUUGCCUCCUAAUAUAAUUCAUAACUUGUACAAAAAUAUUGCAGAGGCUUAUGUACUUGUAACAAAUGAAAAAAAUAUGUGAUUUUUGCAGUAACUGAUUUGGAAUACCUGUAGUUCAUUCGGAAAGCUUUGUAGUCGGUCAUGGUACAUCAUCAGGGUAUCACUUUGUUUUCAGACUUUCGUAAUUGUCUUCUCAGCCAUUACCCAUGGCCAAUUUAUUAGUAUGUGUGGCAAGAAUUGUCAUAUAAUCUAAUAAAAUGUUAUGCCAAGAUUUUUACCCAUUA